AAGUAGUUCCGCGUCUUUUUAAGAUGUCGCCUUAGCCGCCUGUGCUUUGAAACCUUGUGUUUUAAGACGCGUUUGACUGUAGAGCAGAAGGAAUAACGUUUUCAAGAGCACCAGGAUGGCGUCGGGCUCUGAACGCACUGGCGUCGCGUCCCAGUUUUUUGCUGGUACAGAGGACGCGGCCAUCGAUAUGACUACCAGUGAAAAGGUUGUGGACCUACUGAAUCAAGCCGCAUUUAUGUCCACUGAUGAUAAACUUAUCGCACUUAAGCAGGUGCAAGAAUUGAUUAUUAAUAAGGAUCCAUCUUUGCUUGAUAAUUUCCUGGAUGAGAUGAUUGCAUUUCAAACUGACAAGUCAAUCGAAGUGCGAAAAUUUGUUAUUGGUUUCAUAGAGGAAGCAUGUAAACGGGACAGUGAGCUCCUACUGAAGCUCAUAGCGAACCUGAACAUGCUGCUGAAAGACGAGAGCGUGAACGUGGUGAAGAAGGCCAUCCUCACACUGACACACCUCUACAAAGUGGCCCUGCAGUGGCUCGUGCGCUCGAAGAGUGUGUCCGACAUGCAGGAGGCAUGCUGGGACAUGGUGACCCAGAUGAAAGGGGACGUCCUGGCGCUGCUUGAUUCGGACAAUGAUGGCGUGCGCACACAUGCCAUCAAGUUUACAGAGGCACUUAUCAUCACCCUGUCAGCCCGGACACCCAGUUCGGAGAUACCCAAGAAGCAGGAAGGGGACAUCAGUCUCGACAAGAUCCCAAAAGAUCACUCCUACAUACGCUACGACGUCCUGGCUGAGGAGGGGAAGUCAGCUCUGGAGCAGCUGCUGAAGUUCAUGGUGCAUCCAGCCAUCUCCAGCAUUAACCUGACCACGGCUCUGGGCUCUCUGGCCACACUGGCCCGCCAGAGGCCCAUGUUCAUGUCCGAGGUUGUGCAAGCCUACGAAACGCUGCACGCCAACCUUCCUCCUACGUUGGCCAAGUCUCAGGUGAGCAGCGUGCGCAAGAACCUCAAGCUCCACCUGGUGGCCGUGCUGCGGCACCCCAGCAGCCUUGACUACCACAGCCAGAUCUCCACUCUGCUGCUGGACCUGGGCAUGGCCCAGGGCGACAUCGCCCGCUGCGUGCCCACCUCCGCCCCGACCCGCAAACGGCCCAGGCACGAACCCUACAACGAGGGCAAGAGAAUCAAAAUGGAACCCACGCUGAUCGAGGAUGAUGAAGAUAAGGAAGAGCCGGCCCCUGUUGUUGCGCCCAAGCCGUCGUCCAGCAUGGGCACGCAGUCUGCCAUAGACAUCACCGCCGAGUUCCUGCUGCCCCUGCUCUCGCCAGAGAAUGUGGCUAACCUGGUGCUGAUCAGCAUGGUCUACCUGCCGGACAUCAUGCCCGCCUCUUUUCAGGCCACCUACACACCUGUGGAGUCAGCAGGCACAGAAGCCCAGAUCAAGCACCUGGCCAGGCUCAUGGCCACACAGAUGACAGCAGCCGGGCUUGGACCAGGUCUGGAGCAGUGCAGGGGGCGGGACGAGGAGGGGAAGGAGGCAGAGGGAGAGGCCGCAGGAGAUGAGGCUGCCUCCAAGGACCCCAUCAUCAUCCGCAAAGUGUCGGCUGUGUCCCUGGGUCAGGCCAUCUCCGUGGUGGGCGCCUACAAGAGCCAAGUGGCCGAGGAGACUCCCCAUGCCAAGAAGCUUCCAGAACCCAUCAUGCCCUCUGCCCAACCUAAAGUGCUUGGGAGCAGCGGUCGGAAAAAAGUCUUCCGACUGGCUGACGUUGUCCAGCCCUUGUCCGACUCCCAUCUUGAGAAGUUAACCAACAUGGCUGUGAAACGGAUCCUCCAGUCAGAGAAGGCCAUCGCUCGUAGUGGAAUGUCUCACGUGCGCGUCAAGCUGCUGGCCAGGCUGAUGACACAGUUCGAGGGCACCAUGAAAGACGACAUGCUGCGCUUCAUCCUGGAGGACAUCCGUGGACGCAGCGACCUGGCCUUCUCGCUGCUCUACCAAGAGUACAACCAGCACCUGGACCAGCUGCCGUCGGGCUCGCUGGACAGCUACGAGCACUGCCUGUUCACCCUGCUCUCCGGCCUGCAGGAGCGGCCCGAGCAGAGGGAUGGACUGUUCACCAAGCUGGUGCUGGAGGCCCCUCUGAUCACCCAGUCCGCCCUGGAGGUGAUCCGACGCUACUGCGAGGACGAGUCUCGCGUGUAUCUGGGUAUGACCACUCUGAAAGAGCUGAUCCUCAAACGGCCCUCCAGACAGUUCCAGUACCUUCACGUGCUACUGGACCUGAGCUCCCACGAGAAGGAGAAGGUGCGCUCCACUGCCCUCACCUUCAUCAAGCGCAUGUAUGAGAAGGACCACCUGAGGGACUACAUCGAGAAGUUCGCUCUCAACUACAUGCAGCUGCUCGUCCACCCCAACCCUCCCUCGCUGCUGUUUGGAGUCGGCGAGGACACAGAGGUGGCGUCGCCGUGGACCGAGGAGACGGUGCGACAGUGUCUUUAUCUCUACCUCUCACUCCUCCCCCUCAACCACCGGCUGGUGCAUGAGCUGGCUGCCGUCUACACUGAGGCCAUCGCCGACAUCAAGCGCAGCGUGCUCCGUGUCAUAGAGCAGCCGAUUAGAGGAAUGGGUAUGAACUCUCCUGACCUGCUACUGCUGGUGGAGAACUGUCCCAAGGGGGCCGAGACUCUGGUCACUCGCUGUCUGCACAUAUUGACUGACAAAGUGCCUCCAUCCCCAGACCUGGUGGAGCGAGUGAGGGAUCUUUAUCACAAACGGGUGCCAGAUGUCCGUUUUCUCAUUCCGGUCAUCAAUGGCUUGGAGAAGAAAGAGGUGAUCCAGGCAUUGCCCAAACUGAUCAAGCUCAACCCCAUAGUAGUCAAGGAAGUCUUCAACCGCCUCCUCGGCACCCAGCACAGUGAGGGAAGUUCCUCCAUGUCUCCUCUAACACCUGGUGAGCUCCUCAUUGCCCUCCACAACAUUGACUCCACCAAGUGUGACAUGAAGUCCAUCAUCAAAGCCACGAACCUGUGCUUUGGUGAGAAGAACGUGUACACGUCAGAGGUGUUGGCUGUGGUCAUGCAGCAGCUGAUGGAGCAGAAUCCCCUUCCCAUGCUUCUCAUGCGCACCGUCAUCCAGUCGCUCACCAUGUACCCGCGCCUGGGUGGCUUCGUCAUGAACGUCCUGUCCCGCCUCAUCCUCAAACAGGUGUGGAAGUACCCCAAAGUGUGGGAGGGCUUCGUGAAGUGUUGCCAGCGCACCAAGCCACAGUCAUACAGCGUGCUCCUGCAGCUGCCGCCCUCGCAGCUGGCUGGCGUGUUCGAGCGAUGCCCGGAGAUGAGGGAGCCCCUCCUGCAGCACGUCCGUUCCUUCACGCCGCAUCAGCAAGCUCACAUCCCGUCCUCCAUUAUGGCCAUUCUGGAGGUCAACAGCAGGAUGCAGGAGUCCCAGCCUGAGCCAGAGCACAUGGACACCAUGGAGGAGAGAGAGGUGCAUCUCCAGCAGGUCUCAGUACCCAUAGCGCAAGUAGAAAUCCCAGGUCCCGCCAUCACAGCUCCUGAGCCAGCACCUCCGGUAACUUUGACCCAACAGGAGGAAGACGAGGAGCCUAUGGAGGAAGGAGACGCAGGUGCAGAACGUCUGGAGAUUGCCACUGAAGCCACAGCACAAGUUGAAGAACUUGAAGAUGAGGCGAGGGCUACCCCUGUUCCUCUGGAAAAGGCAGACGAACCAGUGGAGGAAGCAUUUACUGACUCUGCUAGUCCAAGGGAGCAAGCACAAGAGGCAGCCGAGGACAGUAAUGCGGAGCCCGAGCCUGGGGCAGAAGCUGCUGAAUGAACCGGGAAGGAGGGAGGACAAAGUGCCUGAACUGACUGCAGUGAUGGUGGACCAUAUGCUGAAGCUUUGAUUUAAGAUAUUUCUUAGUAUUAAAUAUAAUUUGAGGUCUGGAAUCCAUACCACAGUUUAGCAUUUGACUUGCAGCAUUUGUCUUCAGUUCUCUAGUGUUAUAAAAUUGUUGGGAGCGAAAAAAAAAAGUGCAUUGAUUUUUGUUGUCAGACAAUAAUAAAAAUAAAUAAAUAAAUUCUCACAUGAA